GGGCUGGUCUAGCACAAGCCACAAAAACAAGCUGCACACCAUUUCAUUUGUAUGAGAAGAAGCUAUCCAGACAGUGUCAAACUGAAGAAAGAAAAUCACAACAGGUCAACUUCAAAGCUGAGAAUGAAUCUGAAAUGGAAUGCUUGUUCUAUCAUGGCUAUGUGUGUGCUUAUGGUCGAGGGCUUAUCGGUACGCUUCAAAAAUCCACAUCCAUUCUAUGUUGCUCUGGGCAGAGAGCUUGUACUGGAGGCUUCCAUUGAGAAGACUCCUGUUGAAAACAUCUUCAUGGUGGCGUGGGAGUGCAAUACUGCCGCAGGGUCUAGGAGGCUGGCAACCUGGCAGGGCGACCCUAAAACGCUGGGAAAAGAUCCCAGAAUCAGUAUAGAGAAGGGAGGAGCUACUCUGAAGAUUUCUGGUGUUCGAGAGUCUGACUUUGGCCGCUACACCGUCACUGUCACUGACCAAGACGGGACACAAUCAUAUACGGAAAAAUAUGUUAGCAAAAGCGAGAAGCCUCCAAAGGCCGCUGUUGAACUCAGGUGUGACGUGUCUCAUGAGAGAGCCCAGUGGGACAGUCCUGUAGUCACAUGGCUGGUUGACGGUGUGGAGGUGACCAACCAGACAGCCAAUAUAUCUGAUGGAGGAAGCAAACUCCACCUACAGGAGGCAAACGGCCAUAACUACACCUGCAUCAGUAACAGCAGCUUGGGAACCAGUGUGGCUCAUUUCAUCAUACCAGAGCACAUACCUGGUCCAUCAUGCUGCACCGCAGCAAUUGUUUUAGGGGUUGCUUUGGCCAUUACGCUGCUUGCAAUAGUGAUAUCUCUGUAUCGGAGACGAAGGACAGAUGACAGACAUCUGUAGUUACCGCCAAACAUCAGUCACUAGAUUUAUUUACACUCAUUGAUGCACUUACACUUACAGUAUUAUGGGCUUUUUUAUUUGUUGUUAAAAGUGCUCUUAAAAGCUUAAAUGUUUUAUCAUGUUGUAAGUCGCUUUGGUUAAAAAGAGUCCGCUAAAUGUAAUACAAUGUAAUUUAUUUAUUCAUUUAGAAGACAGUUUCUUCAACAAUCAACAUAUGUCAAAUAUUUAGGGCAUUGUUUCAUUGUUCCCAGAACUACUCAGAGUUAAGUGAUGUGCUCGGGGGUACAAUGGCAGAAGCCAGGGACAGAACCUACAACUUCUCUAACUACUGCAUGCUCGCCGCUUUCCUUAACCGCUACACUACCACCACCCUGCUAUGCUAUCACCUCUACUUUACUACAGUACUAUACAGUCCUACAUUACCAUAGCAGGGGUUCCCACUCUUUUUUGGCCGGUAACCCUUUUUUUUUUUUUGAUGUCACAAAACGUUUGACUAACAUUUGCAUGUCUGGAUGUUUUGCUACUUUGUUUGGAACAUUGAUCAGGCAUGAUUACACCAAUCAAACAUCUCAUUUUUAUUUUUUUGUGCCCAGAUUGUAAUGAAGGAUCCAAUUAGUUGCUUAACUUUGAUAUUAUGGGGUUAUUUAAUGUAGGCCUACGUGUAUUUUAAUGUAAUGCAAAGGUAAAUUGUAAGAUAUAGCCUACCCUGUAUCUCAGGCGACCCCAUUUGAAUUUCAGGCGACCCCACACGGGGUCCUGUUGGGAAACAAUGCCUACCUCACGACACAGUUGUGUGAUAGGUUAUAUGAAUGGACUGUGGCACAAAUGGCAGCACUGCAAGGCUGACACCUUUAUCCAAAGUGAACGUUUACAUCUAUUUGUAUUUGUUUGUAUUUGUUUAUGAAGUAUUAUGAAGUAGGCUAUUUUCUAUUCAGGCCUAGACUGUCACAUCAACCCAUGAUUAUCUCUAGCCUAUUAUUAUAUAUUAUAUAGUUGUUGUCAAAGUUUUUUUUUUUUUUCGUCAUUGAUUCUGAAUUUUUGGUCAACGAUUCCCGGGACACCAUAACACCAGGGCACAUGAAACUUGGUGGGCAUGUAGCCCCAGUAGACUUCUGCAGAAAAUUUUCGUUUCGUCCCUGGGGGUCACUCCAGCCCCGCCCGAAGCCUAAAAAUUGCAGUUUUUCCUACAUAACUACCACUGUGGCACCGAGGAUGACAAAAUGUUUAUGGUAUGUUGGUCUUAAGAACUUGCAUCAACUUAGCUUAUAACCAGUCAUUUGUGAUUUGCACCCCCAUGGUAAAAAUUGAACAUGCAAUGUAAUAUUUCUUUAAUUUCCCCUAUCUUCAGAUGAGAUGUUAUGAACUGCACCAAAUUUCAUGUGUAUGAUUAACCUGACACCCUCUGGGAGUAUGCCAAGUUUUGUGGAAUUUCAUCCAUGGGGGGCUAUAAAAUAAAUGGAUUUAUGUGUACAUUCAGGACUGUAUACCCAUCGGCCUGUAGAUGGUGGUAUUAACCCUCUGGAGCAGGGCUAUUCAAUUAGUUUGUAAUAGGGGCCAGUUCAUGAAAAGUAUCACAACUGAGGGGCCGGAGAAAUAGGCCUACCGCUUGAAAUAUGAGUAAUCACGUAUGAAAUGUAGAUACAAUAAACUACAACAGCACCAAUAUGGGUGUUCAAAUGUUGCAUUUUGUAAAUGCAUAAUAUCGUUUUUUGGUCGUUAUUUGUGUUUUGGGAAUAUUUCUGCCACAGGCCCAGACUACCACAGUGGUAGGCCAACAUUGGGAAGGUGACACUGGAUCUAUUGCUAAUAUGUUGCAUUUUGUAAAAGCAUAAUAUCGUUUUUUGGUGGUUAUUUUGUUGUAUUUGUGUUUUGGGAAUAUUUCUGCUACAGGCCCAGACUACCACAGUGGUAGGCAAACAAUGGGAAGGUGACACUGGAUCUAUAUUGCUAAUAUGUUGCAUUUUGUA